UGGACUCGUAGAUAGUGAGGCUGAAGCCAGAGAUAGCAGAGGACCUCUUGCUUGGGAAUCACAAGGUCCGCUCGGUACGGCAGGUGGAGGGCAGAGGCACUUUCCGAGGAGGAGGACCCCUUCUACCAGGGCACUAUGAUCAUUAAGGCUGAUGCAGCGACCAGCUUCCUGCGAGCGGCCAGGGCUGGAAACCUGGAUAAAGCGCUGGAACAUCUGAGAAAUGGGGUGGAUAUAAAUACAUGUAACCAGAAUGGGCUGAAUGCUCUGCAUCUAUCCAGCAAGGAGGGACACCUCAAAAUGGUGAGCGAGCUGCUCCACAAGGAAAUCGUCCUGGAGACCACUACCAAGAAGGGUAACACGGCGCUGCACAUUGCAGCACUGGCUGGACAAGAAGACGUGGUGCGGGAGCUCGUCAAUUAUGGAGCCAAUGUCAACAGCCAGUCACAGAAAGGCUUUACGCCCCUGUAUAUGGCAGCUCAGGAGAACCAUCUUCCCGUGGUGAAGUUCCUUCUGGAGAAUGGAGCCAACCAGAACCUUGCUACAGAGGAUGGCUUCACCCCGUUGGCCGUAGCCCUGCAGCAGGGACACGAGAAUGUGGUCGCUCAUCUCAUCAGCUAUGGAAUGAAAGGAAAAGUUCGACUCCCCGCCCUGCACAUUGCAGCUCGAAAUGAUGACACCCGGACCGCCGCAGUUCUCCUACAGAAUGACCCCAAUGCAGACGUCUUGUCGAAGACAGGAUUUACACCACUGCACAUUGCGGCUCACUAUGAGAACCUUAACGUCGCUCAGCUCCUUCUGAACAGGGGUGCAAAUGUUAAUUUCACGCCUCAGAACGGGAUCAGCGCUCUGCACAUCGCCUCUCGGCGCGGGAACGUUAUCAUGGUGCGGCUGUUGUUGGACCGAGGAGCCCAGAUAGAUGCGCUAACCAAGGAUGAAUUGACCCCUCUACACUGUGCUGUAAGAAAUGGCCAUGUCCGGAUCUCAGAAAUUCUUCUGGAUCAUGGAGCCCCCAUACAAGCCAAGACAAAGAACGGGCUGUCACCCAUUCACAUGGCCUCCCAAGGAGAUCAUCUGGACUGUAUACGGCUUCUGCUUCAGUAUCAGGCCCACAUUGACGAUAUCACGUUGGAUCAUCUCACUCCUCUGCAUGUGGCAGCUCAUUGUGGACAUCAUCGUGUGGCAAAACUUCUCCUAGAUAAGGGAGCAAAGCCAAAUGCCCGGGCCCUGAACGGGUUCACCCCUCUUCACAUAGCCUGCAAGAAAAGUCAUAUUAGAGUCAUGGAGCUUUUGUUGAAGUCUGGAGCCUCCAUUGAUGCUGUCACAGAGUCUGGUCUUACACCUCUCCAUGUUGCUGCCUUCAUGGGACAUCUCUCCAUUGUCCGGACUCUACUCCAGAGGGGAGCGUCACCCAAUGUCUUCAGUGUGAAAGUCGAGACGCCGCUACACAUGGCAGCGCGUGCGGCGCACUCGGAUGUGGCUGAAUUUUUACUGCAGAAUAAAGCAAAAGUGAAUGCUAGAGCUAAGGAUGAUCAGACACCUCUUCACUGUGCAGCCCGCUCUGGGCAUUUGGAUAUGGUACGUUUGCUCUUAACCCACGGAGCUCACCCAGAUUCCCCCACUACUGCAGGCCAUACACCAUUACACUUGAGUGCACGAGGGGGGCACACCCAAACCGCUGAGGUUCUGCUGGACAACCAAGCUGCACAUACUUCCAUGACCAAGAAAGGUUUCACGCCUCUCCAUGUGGCUGCAAAAUACGGAAAGAUCCAGAUUGCGGAGCUUCUGCUAGAGAGAGGAGCUCACUCUAACAGCGCUGGCAAGACUGGACUGACUCCUCUGCAUGUAGCCGUGUAUCACAAUCACCUCAACAUUGUCCGUCUUCUGUUGAAUAAGGGAGCGUCUCCACACUGCACUGCACGGAAUGGAUACACCCCCCUACACAUGGCGGUGAAGCAGCGUUCUGUCGACACAGCCAGAGCUUUGCUACAGUUUGGUGCCACUUGUAAUGCACAGUCGCUGCAGGGUGUCACUCCCCUCCACCUUGCUGCCCAGGAGGGUCACGCGGAUAUGGUGACAUUGCUACUAAGCAAGCAGGGAAAUGUGCACUUAGGCAACAAGAGCUCCCUGACCCCCCUCCACUUGGCCUGUCAGGAAGGUCACCUUAAUGUAGCAGAAAUCCUGGUGUCGCACGAUGCUGCCGUGAGCGCCGAGACACGGAUGGGGUUCACUCCACUCCACGUCGCCUGUCACUACGGGAACAUCAAGAUAGUAAAGUUUCUCCUACAGCAUCAGGCCAAUGUGAACGCUACCAACAAGUUGGGGUUCACUCCACUCCACCAGGCCGCUCAGCAGGGGCACACAGACAUUGUCACCCUCCUACUGAAGAACGGAGCCUGCCCCAAUCAGGCUAGCUUGAAUGGGAUCACGCCGCUGGCCAUUGCAAAGCGUCUAGGAUACAUCUCUGUGACAGAUGUUCUGAGUCUGGUGACAGAUGGACCACCUGCCCAGCUAGCCAACGAAAGGCACAGGAUGAGCUUCCCAGAAACUGUGGACGAGAUGCUGGAUGUGUCGGAGGACGAAGGAACUCCCCACUUGCCUCUACAUGGAGAGGAACCUCCAGACUUCAGACCUCCUCCCACAGGACCGAGGGAGCCAGAUGAAGACACGGAUAUGGAGUUCUUACCGAAACUUGACCAGGUAGUUGGAUCACCUGCAAUCCCCAGAAUCCCCUGUGUCACUCCAGAAACAGUCAUUCUAAAAAAGGAUGAGGAUGAACCGUCUAGAGAAUUAGAUGAUGAAUCUCUGAUCCCCAGCAGUCCAGCCACCGAGACAUCGGACAAUAUCAGUCCUGUGGCCAGUCCUGUCCAUACAGGGUUUUUAGUCAGUUUUAUGGUAGACGCCCGAGGUGGAUCAAUGCGCGGAAGCCGUCACAAUGGUCUGAGAGUCAUCAUUCCACCCAGGACCUGUGCUGCACCCACACGAAUAACAUGUCGCCUUGUCAAACCACAAAAGCUUAACUGCCCACCUCCGUUGGGUGAGGAAGAGGGGCUGACCAGCAGGAUCAUUGCUCUGGGUCCUACUGGGGCACAAUUUCUUAGCCCAGUGGUGGUGGAGAUCCCUCACUUUUCUUCAGUGGGACGUGGUGAUCGAGAACUGGUUAUCCUGCGUAGUGAUAACGGGUCCGUGUGGAAGGAGCAUCACAACCGUUAUGGAAAGGAGUACUUGGAAGAGGCACUGAGUGGUAUGGAUGAAGAGUUGGAGAGUGAAGAGGAGUUACACAAGAAGCGUCUUUGUCGUAUCGUCACCACCGACUUUCCGCUCUACUUCGUGGUGAUGUCGCGUGUAUGUCAAGAUUGUGAACUCAUCGGGCCAGAAGGAGGAGUCCUUAAAAGCCGUCUCGUGCCCCAGGUUCAAGCCACCUUCCCGCCAACUGCUGUGACCAAGAAAGUGAAGUUGUCAUUGCAAGCUCAGUCUGUGCCGGAUGAUCUGGUUUCUAGGUUACUCGGCAAUCAAGCAACAUUUGGCCCCAUUGUCACUGUGGAACCAAGACGCAGGAAAUUUCACCGGCCGAUAGGCCUGCGUAUACCCUUACCACCAUCCUGGAAAGAUAACCCUCGAGACAGUGGAGAGGGAGACACCACCAGCCUGAGACUUCUAUGCAGUGUAACAGGUGGAACAGCUCCUGCUCAGUGGGAAGACAUUACCGGGACUACUAAAUUAAUAUAUGCCAAUGAAUGUGCCAAUUUUACAACCAAUGUGUCUGCCAGGUUUUGGCUCUCGGACUGUCCCCGCACCGCUGAGGCAGUUUCCUUCUCCACCCAGCUCUACAAGGACCUUAGUGCCGUUCCGUAUACUGCACGAUUUGUAGUCUUUGCCAAAAUGUCAGACGGGCGGGAAGGACGUCUACGAUGUUAUUGUAUGACAGGUGACAAGCUAGAGAAGACUCUGGAGCAGCAUGAGAACUUUUCUGAGGUGGCACGUAGCCGGGACAUUGAGGUGAUGGAUGGCACUCAACUCUUUGUGGAGCUGUCAGGCAAUCUAGUUCCUCUCAAGAAGGCAACACAGCAGAGAAGCUUCACUUUCCAGGCAUUUAAAGAGAACAGAUUGGCACUGCCCAUUAAGGUGCGGGACAGCAGCCGGGAACCAUGUGGAUCUUUCUCCUUCUUGCGCAAAUCUACGAAAUAUGAACCGUCCCCGCAUGUCCUUUGCCAUUUGAAUGUCACAAUGCCACAGUACACACAGGGACCAGGCAGCCUGGACAGGAGGAGGACGCUGACCCCACUUGCUCUGAGAGAGAGAUACAGCCUUCUGAAUGACAGCACAAGGGGCUCUCUCAGUGGCACGGAGCGCUUUGACAUGAAGAUGGCCGUUAUAUCAGAGCACCUGGGUCUAAGCUGGGCCGAACUGGCGCGGGAGCUGCAGUUUGAGAUGGACGACAUCAAUAGGAUCAGAGUGGAGAAUCCCAAUUCACUGCUGGAGCAGAGUGCGGCGCUACUUCACCUCUGGGCGUCGCGGCAAGGCUCCAACGCAAAGCUGGAAGACCUCUACACAGCUCUGCGAAACAUAGACCGAAAUGAGAUCGUCACCAUGUUGGAGGGAUCUGGGCGUCAGAGCAGAAGCCUGAAGGGAGACCACCGGUAUACGAACAGUGAUGGAUCUAUUUCCCCCUCUCAGAGGAACGGGUCAGUCGCAUGGGGGUCCUCACCAAGUAACCCCUUGACGCAGGAUGAGCUGCUUUCCCCGGCCUCUCUCAACUACUCCCUACCCUCCCCAUUGAGACUGGAGCCGUACUGGAGUGAAGCUUCCAUUUUGGAUGGAGUACCUAUGGCAACAGCCGAGCCAGAUGGGGUGCUUGACUUGCCUGAUCUUCCUCUCUGGGCCUCUGGCCUGUCCCCAUCCCUCGUGGCUCCUGAAGACUCAUCCCUGGAUUGCAGCAAAACUGAGGAUGAGUGGGAUGCCCUGCCACGUCCGUCUUCGGGCUCCCCUGAUCUGGAUGAGGAGGAAACUGAAGCUGGAGGACCAGAGCGGGUCCAAGCCCGGAUCACUGAGACCCCCACAGCAUGCAGAGUGACAGGUGGUAAAGUAGAGAGGGUACUAGACUGGAGCACAGAUGCCCCCUCGCCCUCUUCUCCUCGACGAUCUCCUCACCAGGAUAAUGGUGCUCCCUUGCCAUAUGAAGAGCUUCACCCAACAUUUAAGGGCAGUGCAAGGAUACGAGUAACGCAAAAGAGCACCGUGUACAGCUCAAGCCGGCGGGUAGAGGGGAACGAAGUGUCUGACCUUCCAGGGGAGCAAGUGACAGAGGAAGAAUUUACAGAUGAGCAAGGGAACAUAGUAACAAAGAAGACAGUUCGGAAGGUGCUGCGCAGGGUGGGGCCACCAGGGUCCACAGAUCUGGGGGACAAUGAAGACUUUAUCAUUGAAGGAACAUUGCAAGAGCCUGAAGAGCUUGAGAGUGAGACUCCCAAUUACCUGAAGUACGCAGUACUGCAUCGAGAGGCAGAGGACGAAUUUGACUCUUUGAGAUCAGAGGUCGGAGACGGGAGGAAAGGGGCACAGAUUGUGAAAAGAGCCGGCACAAAACGGGUGCAGCAGUGAGACCACAAAUCUGGGACGCCCAAAAUAAUGGGAAACACCCAGAACUACACCUCAAGUACAAGCUAUUGAAGCCGACCCGACUGCCAUUUACUGCACCCCACAGAAGAAAAAAACCGAAUCAGAACCGAAUUUCUCCUUGCUCAUCUAUUAGCAGGCAUCUCCCCUCCAGGAAGAAUAAAUCACAGAGGGGUCCCUCCCCCUCCAAAGUCCGAAGCAAGACGCUCACCCCCCUGUAUGCUCACGGCAUGAAGAUUUGCACCCUGCAUGUUACAGAGUAAUAUGCAUGAGAUGACAUUGGGGAAGAGGACAGAGUUGCCCCCCCUCCGUUCUUCCCAUUAUUCAAAUUCACCUGCUCCCCUCCCCCUUUACCCAAUGGAACCCCAGUGGGGGGGGGGACCUUUUUACCAAAUCAGACUGGAAAAAAAAAUGGGUGAUACUUAACCUUUUCCUUCUUUCCCAGCUGCAAAAUGCUUUGCGUCUCAGAUGUAUAUCAGUACUGAGUAUGUCUAUACACUCUACCGCAACAUUAAGGGAGCACCCACCCCCCCGCACCCACCCCCCCUUCCUCCCCCAACUUUAUAUUUCUCUGUCCGUCGACAAACAGCAAUAGGAGUCACCCUCCACCUGGGUAAGGAUCGUCUUCCAGGCCACAGGGCACAGCACAACGUUGACCGGGCAGACCAGGCAAGGGUUCCCCACGUUGCAAUUCAUUUGCGCUCCAAAUUUUUUUCUUUCUUCGAAAGCGAAAAGGGCUACAUGUUAGGGAUACUCAGUAUUGUUACUCGGGGGCGUGACCAGACCCAAGGAGUUGUAUGUAGAUACUCAGUACCAUUAUACAGCGCGGCAUGUUCUUCUUUUCAGAUGGCUAUGGCAUUUUUAGGUGGCACUCCGCGCCGUUAUACAGCGCAGCAUGCUUAUUCUCAAGCUAGUGCAUAAAGGUAGCCUGCAUUAUUGUACAGUGCAGUCCGUUUAGAAUGGGGGGGGGGGAGACGGUGGUGUGUAGAUAUAAGCAGACCCAUCACAUCGCAGGGCAGCAUGUUUUACUACCAGGGGCUAGGAGUGUAUAGAGAUACUCAUUCUCACCAUACAGCGCGGCAUGUUCAUCUAUCAGGGGCUGAAAGUGCGUAGAGAUGCUGAGUGUCUUUAUACAAUGCAUUAAGGGUAGAGGGGUUUGCGGGGAUUAAACUGCCCCCCUGACUCAGGAAUGUGGUUCCAGCUUUAGGGGGGGAGGGGAGAAUUCUAUAUAUUAAAGGAUUUAAGCAACUCCCCCUCCCCACUCCAGUUAUCCCAAGUCCAGACCCUCCAGCCCUGCUCCGGAGAGACAAAGCACUCACCUUCACAACCUCUCCAGCGCUCUUUUUAGAUGCAAUUUCUGAUAUGCAUAAAAAGCUGAUUGUACAAUAACUGCUCAUAUGGGAAUAAAUACUAUGCAAUAUAAUCUUA